GGAUGAGACGGCGCUGCGACACUCGCCACACACUCACCUGCGCACGCGACGGCGCCUCAGAUUUUCUCCUCUGAAAAGUAUCUCUGACUCACGGAUCUAAAACGCGGCCGGACUCCGAGCUGGGCUCCUCCGCGGUGGCGGCCACAGCCCACUUCCCCUGAAAGGUCACCUUCACAGGCUGCAUUCAGCUCCUCCACAGUCAUGGAGUCGGACACAGUACUGCUGGAACAGUAGAUGGGAAAUGUAUGUUCCCAUGUUGAUGUCACCGGAAGAGUUCUGCGUGGAUAUUUGAGUCAGCUUUUGCGCUGACAGGUCGUCCAUGUGAUGCUGGUGAUGAGUUGUGCGUCCCACGUCAAUGAGCCAGAGAGCUGCAGCAGCAGCGACGGGAGUAGCUGCACCACGUCCUCCAUCACUACCUCAGACACGUCCUCCAUGUCUGGACACGCACACCAGCAUCGUGCCCCUCCUCCGCCUCCGCUGCCACCGCCACCACCGGGGGCUCCUCCACCCCCACCUGCCUCUGCCAACUUCGGCAACCACAGGAAGAAGCGCCGCGUCCGCAGCUUCUUCUGGAAGCCAAUCCCGGAGGAGAAGGUUCGGGAGAAGCCCAACAUCUGGACAGCGGUGCAACAGCAGCAGUUCCAGAUAGACGUGCAGUCUGUGGAGGAACUGUUCGGGCAGCAGGAGGACGCCGGGACUGGAGUGCGCAGAAGCGUGGUGUUAGCCGGAGAGUCGGCCCGUGUGUCCAGGUCCAGGUCCUUUAAGGAGAGCAGCAAAGAUGAGAUCAGCAUCCUGGACUCCAAGAGGGGCAUGAAUGUGGGGAUCUUCCUCAAGCAGUUCAAAAAGCCCAACAGCUCCAUUGUUGAAGACAUUCGGCGAGGAGAUGGGAAGCUUUACGGGGCGGAACUUCUGAAAGAUCUGCUCAAGCUGCUCCCCGAUACAGAGGAGAUUAAAAAGCUGCGAGCUUUUAAAGGGGAUCCAGACAAGCUGGCGCUCGUAGACUCCUUUAUGUACCUUCUGAUCCAGGUGCCACGGUUCGAGGUCCGGAUCGAGGCCAUGGUUCUCCGGGAAGAAUUCGCUCCGUCCUGCGUCGUGAUGAGCCGUGAGAUCGAUGUCAUCCGCGUCGCCACCAAAGAGCUGAUGAGCUGCGAGGAGCUUCACGGGAUCCUCCAUCUGGUGCUGCAAGCUGGCAACAUCAUGAACGCUGGAGGGUACGCUGGAAACGCUGUGGGCUUCAAACUGUCAUCCCUCCUCUCACUGGCCGACACUAAGGCCAACAAACCAGGGAUGAACCUUCUGCACUUCGUCGCCAUGGAGGCCAAGAAAAAAGACGAGAAGUUGCUGAAGUUUCCUGAGAAACUGCUCGAUGUCCAAAGUGCAGCCAGAAUCUCAGUGGAGAACAUUGAGGCGGAGUUCUCCUCCCUGUACGUUCGGAUCAAAACGCUGGAGGAGAAGGUCCAAGGUGAUCCUGAACUGCUGCAGCAGCUGCAACCGUUUCUGCAGAUUUCAGCUGAGACCCUGCAGGACCUGAAGAGGCGGCGGCUGGACCUGCGGAAAGAAGGAAACACGCUUAUCGAUUUCUUCUGUGAGGACAAGGACACUUUCAAGUUGGACGAGUGCUUCCGCAUCUUUCAGGACUUCUGCAUCAAGUUCAGGAAAGCUGUGCAGGACAACAUGGAGCGAGAGCUGAAGGAGGCAGCGAGGCAGCGCCGGCUCAGGGAGCUGGAGGAGAAGCGCUUCGCCUGGGCGGGUGCGGAUCAGAACAGUGGCUUUGGCCGAAGCAGCAGCGAGAACGACGUGGACAUGCUCACCAAGGAGGGCCUGCUGGACUUCUUCCAGCAGAGAUCUCAGAGUCCGGCCAGCCCUCUGAGCCGCUCCGCCAGCGCCCGUCGACAUCGCCACACCAUGAACUCCAUCGCAGACCGUGAGCUUCAAGGAUACCUGAAGUUUUUUGGCGAAAAUCCCGGCGAUUCUUCGAAGUUUAACAGUCUACCUCGAUCUGGACGCGCGCAGCAGCGGAGAUCCACCCCCUGGAUCAUGGCGCAGGACAACAACCGGGAGCUGGGGGGGGAAAGAACCGUGACCUCGCCACACGCUGAGACCGAGCCAAUAAGUCCUUUGGCGCGCUUUUCCUCUUCUGGGCUGAACCCCGACGAAGACAGAUACAACAACAACUACUCGUCCGUGUCGGAGGGCAGCGCCCUUCCUCACUGCUGCGUCUUUCAAAAGUCCAACCAAACCAUCAGCAGACACAUGAACGUGAACGUGGAGAAACACACUCUGGCUCCAGUGCCGCGAGCCUUUGACUUGGUCGGUCCCAACAACAACGCCAAUCACCCGCACUUUUUAAAACAAGGGGAUCUGAUACUCACUGACCUGGAGACGGAUGUGCCGCCAAGUCCCAGGGUCUUGGAGGGCAGUCCAGGGGGCCAGGUUUUGGAGAAACCCUCAGAUCCUCAGGUGGCUUGGAAGGUCCAAACAGAAACACUGUCACAGACUGAGAACCUCCCAGAGCGAGAGGAAGACAGCACCUUCUCAUCCACUUCCUGUGACACGCCCCUGCCCUUCGACAGCUCCAACAAGAAGCCCACCUUUUAUAUCAUCGACUGCACAGAGACGGACUGCUCCGUCACGCUGGACUACUCUGAAGUGGAGAGUUCCUCUCUGACACAUGAAGGUUUGCCCCUCAGCUCCGGAGGCAAGGGUCAGGAGCAGGAUCCAAGCUCCCCGUCGUCUCAUCUGGAGUCUCCGAGUGAGCCUUCUGUGUCGAUCUCCGUGCCCAGAUCUUUGGACGUGGCCACGAUGACCCCCUCAGAGGAGUGGGACACAGAGAGCUGUGACACUGCGGAGGGGAAACAAAGCGGGGAGGGGGACACACAUGGUAACAAGAGGUCCAGCUCCAAACACACAGCCAGCAGAGAGGGGGCGAGCGUGAGAACCUUGAGAAGCAGUGAGAGACAGGCCAUGCGGAGGGUUGUGCCCAUCACCAAAGUCGCUCAGUCUGCCGGUCGAAAGAAAACAGAGAAACCUGCCGCGUACGACGCCGCUUCCUUACGCCGACCUCUCCGGGACCAGAGCAUUCCAGCAAGGGGACGGAGCGAGAAGAGGCCCCCGCGCCACUCCAGCCUCCCUCCAGAUGAGUCGAAAGCCCAUCGGGGGGUGGUGGGAACCAUCUCCAGGUUUGCACGGGAUUUGACCCCGAGGAAGAGUUCAGGCCCCAAGCCAAGUGCCAAGCCUCUGAGAAACCUCCCAAAGCCUCCACCUGAGGAGAAGAUGUGCCGCUCCACCAUGAGGGCCUUGGCUCAGGCUCAGUCCCAAACCCAGUGUGGGACCGCCACAGAGAACAGCAGCUCAGUCAGCGCAAAGAACACAGACGUCCCCAGCUUCGCCCGGAACACGGUGGCAUCGUCGUCAAGGACCAAGAAGGACCUGGGUCCCACCUCCGUGCCCUCGACUCCCUCCCGCAGCCCCUCGCUCUUGGGUCGACAGUCGUCCGUGAAACAGAGCCGGUUAUCCUCCACCGAUCACAUGAGCGAGGAGCGCUCCCACGGGUCAAGCCUGCGACGAGUGCACAGCGUGAAGGCAGCGAGUCGCAGCGGCCAUCGCAGCGAGACUCCGCCUCCGCCGCCGUCACAAGACGAUACCCAUAAAACUGGCAGCAGCUCAGAGAAGACUGCGAACAAACGAGACUCUACUCCUUGUAACAGAAGUUCAAAGCCCACGUGGAGAUAAAACAUUCGACUCAAACUGGACCUCUGAGGAGAAUAUUCUGGAAUAUUCCGGUGGCAUCAGUUUACAACGGUUUGUUUUGUCUUUUUAUGUCGCGUGUCUCACUUUACUUACCUUUAACACACUCCCAUGACGUGACACCAUCAAUGGACCUGCGAUCUUGGUGUUCAAGCUAAACCGAGAGAUUCAAGUUCGAGUCGUGGACUCAUCAGUCGAUGACUGACUCAAGGCUCGGGGUCCAAAUCCGGCCCCCAACUCAUCGCAUUCAAAUAGUAACUUAUUGUCACCAAUACUGUACACUGAAUGUCCGCAGCGUUGAAGCUGGCGACAGCCCGAUGAAGCUUCGCGAUACAGUGUCCUUGUUUUCUGUAGGUGGCACUCUCAGUUUAAACAUGAUGUGAAGGUUCACUGAAAUAGUUGUUUGAAGCCAAAGAUUAAGGAGCAGAGAGCGCCAUCUAGUGGGUUCCAUCUGUUUCAUGAGCUGUUUUCUAAUAGGAAGGCAGUUUGAUGAUGUGUCUGAAAUGUUGCUUCAAGGAAGGAAAGCUACCGAGCUAAGUUUAGCUUCCAAUGAUUAACCUGGCGACUGACUCGACCUUCAGUUGGGUCUGGUCUUCAGUUAUUAGUUUGAGCUUCACACUUGUCCCCGGUGACGUCACCCGAUCUAGGAUUUCCCAGUUGGAAAGUGGGAGAAUCCUCACCACGCCGACUGGGCAAUCCAAGAUGGCUACCCUGAACGUAAAAACAGGAAGUAGAUUCAAUGAAAUAAGAAACAAACACAUUCUGUUUCCUCCUUAUCGGCAGGUUUUCGUGACGCUUAUAUCAAGCGGUUGGUCACAUCCAGUUCUUUUACGAUCUUCCCAUAUUGGUAACCAGAACGCACUGGUUUCUGCUGUGUCGUCAUUCCCACCUCCCGCUUCCCAGGCCACCGGAACACGGAGUAAAGUGUUGAGUCGAGAGACGUCAGCCUGACAAGGGCAGAUCUGCCUGCUUGAUUGUAAAUAUCUCAAGUGACGUCCGUAGCAAUGUCCUCCUCUGUUAUGCUGCUAACUAGCUUUGACAAUGUACUGUUUUCAGGACGUGUAGCUCUCAUUUCCAAACAUAUCAUGCUGCUACCUUGGCGUCGUACCUCACACACUGCAGUGGCCUUUCACCAGCAGCCGUAGAGUAGCUCUGUGUGUUCAAACCGUCCGGGGCGGCAGAAGCUGCAGCGCCAUGUCAAGCCUUGUGUGUUGUAGUUGUGUUAGGACUCGUCCAUGUGAUCAUGGAGAUGACCUGCAUGUCUGUUUGCUAGCCUCAACGCCACGUGGUUCUAUUGUGACAUCAUCGCAGCUCCACCGAUUUGUGCCUGUGCACCGAUAAAUUUAAAAAAAUCACGAGUUUUGUUACUUCAAGACGAUUGAGGACAAAUAAAUAAAUCAUCCAACCUGCAAAAGAAAGUCACACUCAACGCCUGGUUUCAUUUUUUUACGAUGCUCCGAAUGAGUCACACACAGCACGUGCUCAUUUAGCAUUAGCACAUGCUGCUAACGUAGCUUUGCUAAAUACCAUGAUGAUGUCACGCACCGUGACACUGGAUGACGCCUUGUUUCACUUUUUUGUUGACUGUUGCGACCAAUUGCGUUUCAGUUGCAGUGAGUGUUAUGAUUAUUUAUGGUUCUGGAACAGUGUGAUGGGAAAUAAGGACUUUCGCAAAUGAGUUUUUUGGCCUAAAAAAAGCACCAGGCAGCAAAGGUUUUCUACAAA